AUAAUGGUGCAGAAUUUAUAGCCAAUAUUAUUAAAAAACUAUGCAGUCUCUGGAAACCUAUUAAUAUAAAAACUAUUUAUGGCAAACCUCAUCUUUCAGAAAGUCAAGCUUCUAUAAAAAAAGACACCUAUUUCCUUAAAGAUAAAUUAUCUAAAUAG